AUGGCGAACUGGAAGUGUUACACAUCGACGCUGGUCUUUGGCUUGAAUGAAGUAGUUAUAAGGAAGAAAGUUGAGAGUGGUCAAAGUUUGUCGUGUAAAAGACGGCGAAUUUCCGAGUUUCCCGGUUUAGAAGAGUGCUUAUUAAAAUGGUUUAAACAGUGUCGUCAUGAAAAUAUAAGUAUUAGUGGACCAUUAUUACAAGAAAAGGCAGAAAUAUAUUCGACGUCUUUAGGAUUUUCUGAUUUUAGAGCAAGCAAUGGAUGGCUGGAAAAGUUUAAACGUAGGCAUGACCUUGUUUUCAAGAAAGUUUGCGGGGAAAGUGCAAGUGUAAAUGUUGCAACUUGUAAUAAAUGGACAAAUGACAGAUUGAAAGAUUUGUUACGUGAUUUUGAGCCUGAAAAUGUCUUCAAUGCUGAUGAAACAGCUUUAUUUUAUAAAUGUCUUCCCGACAAAACUCUAACUUUUAGAGAUGAUAAAUGCCAUGGUGGUAAGCAUAGCAAAGAACGCUUAACAAUUUUACUCGCUGCAAACAUGACAGGUACAGAAAAACUCUCACCUUCAGUGAUUGGGAAAUCGAAAAAACCUCGUUGUUUUUCAAAAUGCAAAUCUCUGCCAUUGAAAUAUGAAGCGAAUACUAAAGCAUGGAUGAAUUCUGCAAUCUUCAGAGACUGGCUCAUAGGUAUUGACAAGAAAAUGAGUAAAGAAAAAAGAAAAAUACUACUAUUUAUAGAUAAUUGCACGGCACACAACGAUAUUCCUCAAAUGACAUCAGUAAGAGUAGAGUUUUUACCUCCAAACACCACAUCAAAAUUGCAACCGAUGGAUCAGGGCAUUAUCAAAAAUUUCAAGUCAUUAUACCGUAAAGAAGUAGUCAGGAAUAUGUUGCAAGAUUUGGAAGAAAAAGAGAUUCUCGUAUAG